AUGUCGGGGAAGUUCUUUGGCUUGAGCGACAAGGAGCGCGCGCUCUGCGCUCGCGAGAUGAAGAAUGAUGGGAAUGGGUAUUUCGGUUGGAAGAAAAUGGGAACAAUGGUCAUCGACCGCGAGGACACUGUUAACCAGUAUGAGACCUACAACAUCAGGAAGGACGAUGUCGUCGGGAACACGCCUCCCCUUCCCGCUCCUAGGCUGAUUAACGACAACAUGCCGCUUCUCGAGACCUACGUCCGCACGGCUCAUGGGAUAAUGAUGCUCCUGUUGACGCAGCUGAAUGCGCACCUGCAGCUGCCGGAGGGCACGCUCACCAAUCUCCACCGACUCAUGGCCGAGUCAGGUGACCACGUGAGGUUCAAGCGCUCCCCUCCUCAAGAGCCAGGGGCGCUGCACUCAGGCUCGCAUACAGACUUUGGAAGUCUGACGAUCCUCUUCAACUGGCUUGGCGGGCUGCAGCUCCAGAUGCCUGACAACAAGGAGUGGGUGUACGUCCGCCCCAUUCCUGGUUGCGUGAUCGUCAACCUCGGAGACGCGCUCGUCAAGUUCACAGCUGGGUUAUUCAGGAGCAACAUCCACCGUGUCCUGUCACCUCCGGGCGAGCAGUGCAAGCUCGAGUGGUACAGCCUGGUGUAUUUCAGCAGGCCAGAGGAUACGGUUGUGCUCAAGCGGCUCAAGGGAGGCUUGAUCGACCUCCAACCGUAUGUGGAGGGAGAAGACGAGGGGACGAACAGCAAGGAGUGGAUCUUGAGGCGUGGGUUGGCGAAUAAGAAGGAUAACUGGACCCCCGACCAGUGGGAUAAAGGCCGUGGCACCGAAGGGGAGCGUGAUAAGUAA